AUGCCAAAAAAUCGCCCUGCCACGUCUGGCUACGCCCGUCUCGCUCAAGAGGAAGAAGAACGUGGCUACCUCCACGAUGACUCCGAAGACGAUGAACUGCAAGCUGCCUCCUCGACAGUGUCCACCUCCGCCCCUCGCUAUGCUCCCAUUUCUUCCCGAGCCCAGAUGCAGGCGUCCGGCCUCUCGACGCCUCCCGGCCAUCAACACAGACAAAGUGGCUAUCAUCGCCGACCCCGUCGAAAUUCUGGCGUGGAUAUAAAGGCAAUUAAUGCGCGUCUAGAACGGUGGGCGGAGGAGAUUGCCGCCAAGUUUAAGAUCAGCCGUGUCAAGGGCAAGACCUACGAGGAAGAGAAGUUGGAGAUUUACCACUCCGUUUUUCAGGCUCCUGACGGCGUUCGGCCGAUAUCUGCAGAGGCGCUCGAGUCGGACGAGUUCGAGGGCCGACAACGGAUAGCACGAGCAGAGUACGAGGAGAUCAUUGAGAGUGUUCGGCUAGCAAUUGAGAUGGGCGUGCACCCACGAAUGAUCGCGCAAGGCAGCUCGGGAAGCUACUUUGCACGAAACCCUGAAGGGAAGGUUGUGGGUGUCUUCAAACCCAAGGACGAAGAACCCUAUGCCUCGAGAAAUCCUAAAUGGACGAAAUGGCUACACCGAAAUUUGUUCCCAUGUUUCUUCGGCCGCGCAUGUCUCAUUCCUAAUCUUUCCUACGUUUCUGAAGCCGCUGCAUACGUUCUUGAUGCCCGACUCCGCACGAAUAUGGUCCCCUACACUGGUAUUGUUUAUCUAUCCUCAAAAUCUUUCUUCUAUGAUUUCUGGGACCGGCGCAAAGCGUGGAAAGGCAAUAAGACGCUGCCGCCCAAGGCAGGGAGCUUUCAAGUAUUCCUGAAGGGCUACAAGGAUGCCAAUAUUUUCUUACGAGAGCAUCCAUGGCCCGACCAGACCAACUCGGGAUUCCGUGCUGAGGAUGCCCCGAAGCGUAAGAAGCGGCCAUGGAACGAGGCAUGCCGCCCGUCGGGCGUGCAGUCUGACGAUGAAGACGACGACGAUCGUACUAACUUUCCCUCGCCAAACCCUCGCGAUGAAAGCCGUGAACGUCGUUUCAACUGGACAGAAAAUCUAAAACAGUCUUUCCGCGAAGAACUUGAGAAAUUGGUCAUUCUAGACUACAUUAUGCGCAAUACGGAUCGAGGAUUGGACAACUGGAUGGUCAAGAUCGACUGGGGUACUGAGCAAGUAUCUAUUGUGGCUGAACCUCCAACGCCCAAUGAGACUCCACAGCCUACACACGAUGAGGACGACCUCAUGCCUCCUCCUCGCCCGACCUCUGUAAAUUCAAACGGUAAUAAUACUUAUCACCCUUACAAGCGACGUGAAGCUAUGUUGGCAGUCAGUCGCACCGGCACUCCAUUAGCCUCUUCGGAACAGCAAGCAUCGGUCCAGAUUGGUGCAAUUGACAACAGUCUGUCAUGGCCUUGGAAACAUCCAGAUGCUUGGCGAAGUUUCCCAUUUGGAUGGUUGUUUCUACCCGUUUCCUUGAUUGGUCAACCUUUCUCUCAAAAGACUCGCGAUCAUUUCCUACCUCUGUUGACAUCGAAAGCUUGGUGGAGUGGCACACAGAUGGCCUUGCGCCAAGUGUUUUCCCAAGAUGAUGACUUCAAGGAGAGCAUGUUUGCCCGACAGAUCGCGGUCAUGAAAGGUCAGGCUUGGAACGUUGUUGAGACUUUGAAGCAUCUAGAUCACGGGCCCUUAGAAUUGACCCGACGGACUCGAGUAUGUGUAUGGGAUGAUUUGGUAGAUGUGCCAGUGGCCAUCCCAAUGCGUGCACCUUCCAUUGAUACCCAGAGACGUCACGCUAUGAAUUACCGCGAUGAGGAUGAAGAAAUGGACAUUGGUGCUUCCAAUUCUUCUAUGCCGACUCCAGAACAAGAGCACGAUCUUUUGGGUCUUGGAUCAAAUGAUCUCCCUAACCCCAAUCGAUUUGAGCUUUCGCGUGGCCGCUUUGAUGGCCAAGAUGACCCCAUCGGUAGCCCUGCAACAUUACCUGAAAGUGAGUUCUCUCGCCAGACUGUUGAUGGUGCAUAUGCCCGAUCAUUAGAUGGCUGGCCCGAUCGCCCUUCCCGGCCUAAGAAAAACCGCAAACAUGGCGGCUCUCUGUCAUACCGGCCCCCUCACGUCAACACUUUUGGUAGUGAUGAUCUGGAAGGUGACCUUGGAUAUGCUGCCGCUGAAGGUAUGGAAGGUAAUCAGCGAAAGGUAAUUGUGGAGCGCUUGGAGGCUGUAAAGAGCAAAAAUCCAGUCUUCACUUGGUGCUAA